UUCCUUAUGUCCCCUCGUAAUUCGGCGGCGGCAGGCACGAGCAUGAUGCAGAAAACAAAAUGCCGUCGUUUUUUUGAUCACGACUCGGCACUCUCUCGCUUCCCUAAUCGACGGAGUCGAAGCAUGUCUUAUGUCUGCCACUCAAACAAGCCAACUGCAGAUCGACGAGAUUCCGGCGCUGAAACAUCUGUACCACUCACUUGUUAGUGGUACUCCCAACGUGGCCAUUGUCCCGUACCCUUCCCUAGGUCCGCCGUCGUCUGAUAACGAUGUAUUAUUCUACCUGCACUCCUCUGGCAGCACUGGCUUCCCAAAACCCAUUCUAAUAAGUAACUUGACUGCCAUCCACUGGUGCCUAACGCUGUCUGUUUACCCGCCUACAUCCUUCCUCGAUCCCUUGGCGAUCCUCGUAGUACCCAACUCGCACAACAUCAUGGACUCUGUGCUCAAGACGAAACCGAACACUUUGGUAGUUGUGCUUGUCUUUCUGGAACAAUGGGCGUUUUCGCUAAGUGUUCUAAGACCCUCGAAUAUGUUUUCUAUGGUGGCGGUCCUCUUGCACCUAAGACGGAAAUACCCUGAAUUUGGUACUAACACUUGUACUAUCCGAAAUUCGGUCGAUCAAAAGUUUUGGGACUGGGUACGAUUCGGACCAAAUUCCAAGAUUAGAUGGGCUCCACAGGACGAUAGUACAUAUGAAUGUCAAGUUUUGACAACCCAGACACAUCAAGUGUCGGUAGAGAAUCUUCCGGACGUCAAGGGUUAUGCUACUUCGGAUGUAUUUAUCAAGCACCCGACCAUAGACUUGGAUUAA